AUGAGUAAAUUGGAUGGGUACCAUAUAAUGGUGGUUUCUCAGUACUUUAUAAAAGUACAAGACUUCAUUACUGUUGAAAGUGUUUGUAAAAGUAUAGGGAACAUGGGGAAGUUCCACUUCAACCCACUCCCUCUCACUUUAAAAACUGUAAAGUACUUUUCUAAUAUCGAGACAUUAUACAUUUGGAAAAAAGAAGACGAGAAUUUUGGGAAUCCGAUUAUAAAAGGAUUAUUAACUGAUGUGAUGAGUAAAAUCAAACAUGGGUUCAAAUAUUAUAAGGAGUUUUACCAAAUAUUAGUGUGGUAUGAAGUCGACUAUUUCACUGUAAACAAUAAUUGUAACAGAAACAUUAUAUUUAAAAAUGUUGUGUUUACUGAACGAGAUAAAAACAUAAUUGGAAAGAAUAUAACAAGAUGUGUAAGACCUUUGGUGGCGACGGUUUUAAUUGUCGCUAUUUAG